UCGAGGGUGGGACCAUCAGGAUGAAGAAGAUUAGCCUUAAGACGAUACGAAAGUCAUUUAAUCUAAAGGGCAAAGAGGACGCAGACUUCGUCGUCCAGACAUCGGCUCUCCCUGGCGAUUUCGUCAAGGACGACUCCCUUUUCGGAGGAUGCUACAGCAAAGAGCUCGGGGGCUGCGACCUGAACGAGGAAGAGGAGAAGGCGCACAAGGGGCGCUCCAAGAGCGAGAGCCUCAUGGGCUCCCUGAAGAGGAGGCUGUCGGCCAAGCAGAAGCCGAAAGUCAAGGGCGGCUCCCCGUCCGUCGGCUCCGCGGAUGACGACACGUUCUCGUCCUCCUCGGCCCCCAUCAGCUUUAACGACGUGAAGGCCCAGCGUCCCUUGAGGUCCACCUCUCUCCGCAGCCACCACUACAGCCCCACCCCCUGGCCCCUCAGGCCCGCCAACUCCGAGGAGACGUGCAUCAAGAUGGAGGUGAAGGUGAAAGCGCUGGUGCACUCGUCCGGCCCGAGCCCGGCGCCCAACGGCGUCCGGAAGGACUACCACGACCUCCAGAUGGACGGGCUCUUCCAGGACGCGGGGAACGCGCUGAACCCCGAGCCCCAGAACGGCGACAUGCAUCUGGACAUUGAUGAACACGUGCCUGUAGUCUUAGGACUCACACCUCAGGACUAUAUCCAGUACACGAUGCCUUUAGAGGAGGGGCUGUAUCCGGUGGAGGGGUCGCGCUCUUUCUGCCUGGACGGCUCCUCGCCCAUGGAGGUGGUGCCGCCGCUGGAGGGCGGCUCCCUGCACGCGGAAGAGGGCGGGAUGGACCAGGACCUGGUGAUGCCCCCCGACAUCUUCAUGGAGCCCUCGGUGAACGGGCUGCUGAUCGGCACGGCGGGCGUGCUGCUCCCGGGCUCCCGGAUCGACGCCCCUCCCCUCUCGCCCCUGCUGCCCGCCUCUCACUCCGGCGGCCAGUCUCGGAGGAGCUUCCCCGGCUUCGGCGGCGCAGACGCCCAGGUCGCCGAGCGCGUGAGGCACCACCUGAACUUCGACCCCAACUCGGCGCCCGGCGUCUGCAGGGUAUACGACGCCGUCCAGAACAGCGGGCCCAUGGUCGUCACCAGCCUGACCGCCGAGCUCAAGAAGCUGGCCAGGCAGGGCUGGUACUGGGGACCCAUAACGCGCUGGGAGGCGGAGGAGAAGCUGGCCAACCUGCCGGACGGCUCCUUCCUGGUCCGCGACAGCUCGGACGACCGCUAUCUCUUAAGCCUGAGCUUUCGGUCACAGGGUAAGACCCUCCACACGAGGAUCGAGCACUCGAACGGCCGCUUCAGCUUCUACGAGCAGCCCGACGUGGAGGGCCACACGUCCAUAGUGGACCUCAUCGAGCAUUCGAUAAAGGACUCCGAAAACGGCGCCUUCUGCUACUCGCGGUCGCGCCUGCCGGGCUCGGCCACAUACCCCGUCAGGCUGACGAACCCGGUCUCGCGGUUUAUGCAAGUGCGCUCCCUGCAGUACCUGUGCCGAUUUGUCAUCCGCCAGUACACGCGGAUCGACCUGAUCCAGAAACUGCCUUUACCAAACAAAAUGAAAGAUUACUUGCAGGAAAAGCACUACUGACACCAUUAGACGGGACUCUAUAGGACUUGCAUUGCAACUUGCACUUUUGGAAUCAGUUAUACAGUGAAAUAUGUUUUUCAAGCAUCCACGGAUACAAUGUUUGGUGCCAUUAAUUUUAUUGUUAUUUUUUUGCAUCAAGAAAAGGUGAGAUUGUGUAUUAGACUGAACAGUGUUUGGCUCUCCCUUUAGGUAGAACUGUUAAAAUUUGUUAAUGCUUGGACCCUGAUUCGAUAACCAGGAACCAAUUAGAAGGUCAGAAUAUUAUAUUCAAAUAAUACAUGCAUGUGUAGAGUGACACUUUGGGUGUUUAAUUUGGUUAUGAGGAACAUAAUUAAUUGAAGUAUAAGCCAUAAAAAGUGAAGCUACACAGUUCCGCUAUUUGUUUUGUUUUCCAAGUAACCAAAGCACAUAGGAAUGCCAUGUUUAGCUUGAGAAGGGAAUUUGCCAUUGCGUGGCUAGGUACAAUGAAUGCAUAGCCUUUUAAAAUAGUUAUUGUUGGCUGGGCGGGGUUUGUACUGACCAUGAUCUUUGAUCAUACAAUUACGUUAAAAAGGUUAGACAUCAAACCAUUCCACAAAAGAUUAAUAUGCUAGUGUUAAGAAUUGCAUUUGGAAUAUUUUUUUCCCCACCAGAAGUAUUUUUGAAAUGCUACAGUUGCUAAAUAUUGAAGACGUUGAGCGUGUUCUCCACGUUUUGUAAAGGUUAAAUCAACACCAUGCUGUUUAAAUUACAUCCACAUUGCUAAUAAUGCUCUUCAAAUGAUUUUUGUACAUGUAAAGAUGACGUAAGGCACAACUGUGUGAUUUUUGAUGCAGAACACACACAUUUUGUACUGCAUACAUCACUUAGCCUUAAUGCGUGAAGUUCAAAGUCCAAUCAAAC